GCGGACGUGCGGGACAUCCUGGAGCUGGGCGGCGUGGAGUCAGAGAACACGGGCACCAUCAACAAGAAGGAUAUCAUCAACUCGGAUAAGAAAAAAUCUAAGAAGUCUUCAGAGACGUUGACGUUUAAGAGGCCAGAAGGGAUGCACCGAGAAGUUUAUGCACUCCUCUACUCUGACAAAAAGGAUGCACCUCCACUGCUGCCAAGUGAUACAACUCAGGGUUAUCGAACAGUCAAAGCAAAACUGGGGUCCAAGAAAGUCCGACCUUGGAAGUGGAUGCCUUUCACCAAUCCAGCGAGAAAAGACGGAGCGAUGUUCUACCACUGGAGGAGAGCAGCAGAGGAAGGGAAGGACUACCCAUUUGCCAGGUUCAAUAAAACAGUGCAGGUACCUGUCUACUCAGAGCAGGAGUACCAGAUGUAUCUCCAUGACGAUGCGUGGACCAAAGCUGAGACAGACCACCUCUUCGACCUGGCUCGGCGUUUUGAUUUGCGCUUUGUGGUGAUUCACGACCGCUAUGAUCACCAGCAGUUCAAGAAAAGAUCAGUGGAGGACCUGAAGGAACGAUAUUAUCAUAUCUGUGCCAAGCUGGCUAAUAUUCGUGCAGCUCCAGGCACAGACCUGAAAAUCCCAGUCUUCGAUGCUGGCCAUGAGAGGCGAAGGAAGGAACAACUGGAAAGGCUGUACAAUAGGACACCAGAGCAGGUGGCAGAAGAAGAAUACCUCAUCCAGGAGCUCCGCAAAAUCGAGACCAGGAAGAAAGAGAGAGAAAAGAGAACCCAAGACCUGCAGAAGCUCAUCACAGCUGCUGACACCACCACUGAGCAGAGACGUGCCGAGCGCAAGGCUCCCAAGAAGAAGCUGCCACAGAAGAAGGAGACAGAGAAACCUGCUGUUCCUGAGACUGCUGGCAUCAAGUUUCCUGACUUCAAAUCUGCAGGUGUCACGCUGCGAAGCCAGAGGAUGAAACUGCCAAGCUCGGUGGGACAGAAGAAGAUUAAAGCCCUGGAGCAGAUGCUGAUGGAACUCGGAGUAGAUCUCAACCCUAUGCCCACAGAGGAAAUCGUGCAGAUGUUCAACGAACUGCGGAGCGACCUGGUGCUGCUGUAUGAGCUGAAGCAAGCCUUUGCCAACUGCGAAUAUGAGCUGCAGAUGUUACGACACCGCUAUGAGGCCUUGGCCAAAGCUGGUAGUAUUGGCCCCCUCAGUACAGAAGGUGCCCAUCCAGAUGGCCAGGCAGGGCUCGGCAUCGAGGAGGGCAAGGGAGAUACCAAGGACCAGAUCAUUGAUGUAGUAGGAGCACCACUGACCCCCAACUCAGUGAGAAGGAAGGUUGCAGGGGCAGAACAGGGCGCACUCAGGUCUCCGACGCAGAUGCCCUGA